GAGUGAGAAAGAGGGGCUUUCAUUCUAGAGAGAGAGUCGUAUCAUCUGUAGGGAGAGAGAGAGAGAGAGAGAGAUGGGCAGCCAAGCAGCGGUCUCCUUCCUCACGAACGUCGCCCGCGCUGCAUUUGGUCUUGGAGUCGGUGCGACGCUUCUCAACUCCUCUCUUUACACUGUCGAUGGAGGGCAACGUGCGGUCCUCUUUGAUCGAUUCAGAGGGGUCAUUGAAGAAACAGUUGGAGAAGGCACCCAUUUCUUGGUGCCAUGGCUUCAGAGGCCUUACAUCUUUGACAUUAGGACUCGGCCUCACACCUUCUCUUCGAUUUCAGGGACAAAGGAUUUACAGAUGGUUAAUUUGACGCUUAGGGUUUUGUCGAGGCCCGAGGUUUCGAGAUUGCCUGAUAUUUUCAAGACAUUGGGUUUGGAGUAUGAUGACAAGGUCCUGCCUUCAAUUGGGAAUGAGGUAAUGAAGGCGGUGGUCGCGCAGUUCAAUGCUGAUCAGCUGCUCACAGAGAGGCCGCAUGUGUCGGCGCUCGUGAGGGAGAGUCUCAUCAGGAGAGCAAAGGACUUCAACAUAGUGCUUGACGAUGUGGCCAUCACCCACCUCUCCUAUGGAGCUGAGUUUUCAAAGGCUGUGGAACAAAAGCAAGUUGCCCAACAAGAAGCUGAGCGCUCAAAAUUCAUUGUGGCAAAAGCUGAGCAGGAGCGAAGGGCGGCCAUUAUUCGAGCUGAGGGUGAGAGUGAGGCAGCUAAGCUCAUCUCUGAAGCCACUGGAAGUGCUGGAAUGGGGCUUAUUGAGCUUCGAAGGAUUGAGGCUUCGAGAGAGAUUGCAGCCACUCUUGCUAAGACUCCUAAUGUUGCCUAUUUACCAGGUGGGAACAAUAUGCUCUUGGGUCUUAACCCCACUUUGGGAGGCAGCCGUUGAUUAAUUGGUGCUUGCCUUUAAACUUUCAUGCAAGGUCUUUAUCAGGUUAUUUAUAUGCUGGAUGGGAAUAUUAUAACUGUAGUAUGAUGCUUGCCUGAAAAUGAUGGACUUCUUUUUUUCCUCUAUACAUGGGUUUUGACAGUGAGGAAGGCUUGUACAAUGGAGCAGUACAUGCGAUUUUCACUGACUUUGUUUGUUAAUACUUUUUGGGCAAUGUGCCUGGGUUAAUCGAAAUAAGGUGAAUGAGAUUUUUUGUCUGCU